AUGGGUGUCAAGGGUUUAACCAGAUUUAUAAAGGAUCAUGGAAACAUUUUAACAGAUUAUCAGUUCAGAAACAGCAAGGUGGUCAUAGAUGGUACUAAUCUGUACCACUCUCUUUAUUUUACCUCAGGUGUGGAUCAGCAGCAUGGAGGGGAUUAUGAUCAUUUUCAGGACCAGGUCUGUAAGUUCUUUAAGGCUCUGAGAGAUUGUGGCAUUGAACCUUAUGUGGUUAUAAAGGGAGGCUCCAACUACACCGACGAAAAGUUUUUUACUCUCAAACAUCAAGUUGAACCAAAGAUCAAGAAUGCCAAAGCCUUGGCUGAGUCAAAGAUCAAGAAUGCCAAAGCCUUGGCUAAGAAAAGCGGUAUGCUGGCAACCUUUGUCAAAAAUGUCUUCAUACAGGUCCUCUCCAGCCUAAAUGUGCCAUUCACACAGUGCAUCUGUGAGGCAAAACAAGGAAUAGCCUUCCUGGCUCAAAAGUGGGACUGUCCAGUGCUGUCCGAUGACAGCGACUUUUAUAUCUUUGACCUCAAGGCAGGAUGUCUGCCCAUCUCUCAUUUUCUGUGGAAGGAGACGUCUGUGAGUCAUCAAUAUACCCAGUGCAUGCGCUACACCACAACAAGAUUCUCCAAAACCUUUAACAUCAACAAACAGCUCCUCCCAGUCUUCGCUGUUAUGGUAGGAAAUGAUUCCGCGAGGUUUCCCGCCUUCAAUCGCAUCCUGAAUUGGCUGGCCAGCUUCCAGGAGCAAAAGGCGGCCUUGGAGUUAAUGCCCAGUCUUGGAGGUAAUGCCCAGGGAGUUGUUGACAUCUCUAAGGGCAUAAAAGAGUAUGAUAUUCCAGAGACUCUACCCAGUUACCUGGAGGGGUUCUUCAACAAUGACGUGGCGCCUGGCCUCGACUGUCUCCCAACGCCUCUGAGGGUCCUGCCAGAUUGGACCCUGCUGCUGUUGAUGAAGGGUAAGCUUCCCUCCCUCAUUGUGAACGUGCUGCUGCAUAAGAGGGUGAUACAGAGUGCUCAAGUGGAAAAUCACGCCUUGGUCAGUGGGAGCACCACCUCUCGGCCCAUACGGCAGGUACUCUACGGGCUGCUGCUGGCUGAGAGCAGGAAAGUGGAGGAGUAUGACAGGGAAGGGAUUAACCUGACCAGCAGCAAGGUUGAAGCCAUCUUGCCCAGUGCUGCACAAGAGCUGCAGCUGGACAUGCUGAAUCAGGCUCUACAGUCAGUUCGGCUUGAGGUGUUUUUGGAGACCCUUGGUGUGUCCCAGUCCACGGCGCUGCUACUAGGACUGGUGUACGGAGAGUUCUGCAGGAAGAGCCAGGGAGUGGCCGAGGGACCAGUGUUGGAGAAGCUGAGAGGGCUGAUUCAGAAUCCUGAUUUAGGAACUUAUUUAGACCUGGAUGUGGCCCACGCCUAUAGCCAAUGGCAGUGCUGCAUGAGGGAUGGCCUUGACCUGAACCAACUGCUGUGUCUACCUCUACCUGAGCCUCAGUGUGCCUGGCUGUACAAGGGAACUCUGGUGCACCAGCUUGUGGGCCAACUGAGAAGGGGGGUGACCCCGGAUUCUCUCCUGAUGGAAGACCCUUCCUCUGGGCAGCUGUACAGAGACAUGCUGGAUAACCUGAAGGAUUGUUAUGAAGUCCAGUCCCAGUCCCAGUCCAGUCCCAGUCCAGGUAAUAAUUCCCAGCCCCUAGGACCCCAUCCCCAGUUCAGGUAUGUGCCCGCAUCGCCCAGUUCACAGGUGUGCCCCAAAAAGGUGGGUGUGGGCAAGCUGCAAGACUGUCCUAACAUACUGGGUGGUUUGACCCACACCAACACCACAAUCACCACGGUAGCCCACAACUCCACCACCAUGGUAGCCCACAACUCCACCACCAUAGUAGCCCACAACACCAUCACCACGGUAGCCCACAACUCCACCACCAUAGUAGCCCACAACACCACCAUCACAGUAGCCCAAAACUCCACCACCACGGUAGCCCACCACCACCACCAUCACCACCAUGUGGCCCUCAUCACCAGCACCACCACCACCAUCACCACCACCAUAGUAGCCCACAUCACCACCAACAUGGCCCUCUCUCUGAGCAUAGAGACAUACCAGAUUCAACCCGGUUGCCUGGAGAGGUUCUUCAAUGAUGGCAAGGCUCCUGAUCCCGGCCUUCUCCCAGACCAUCUGAGUGUCCUUCCAGACUGGACCCUGCUGCCGUUGAUGAAGGGGACACUUCCCUCCUACAUGAUUUACAUUCUGCUGCUGAGGCCAGUGAUACAGGGUGUCCAAGUGGAAGAUCACAGCUUACCCAGUGGGAACAUCACCUCUCGGCCCAUACGGCAGGUAUUCUACGGGCUGCUGCUGGGUGAGAGCAGGGAAGUGGAGGAGUACGACAGGGAAGGGAAGAAACUGACCAGCAGCAAGGUUAAAGCCAUCCUGCCCAGUGCUGCACGACAGCUGCAGCUAGACACACUGGAUCAGGCUCUACAGUCAGUGCGGCUUGAUGUGUUUUUGGAGACCCUUGGUGUGUCCCAGUCCACUUUGAAUAGUGUCCCAACUCAUCUGGGACUUCCUGUGGCUGUUACCUACUACUGGCUGAGGCACGCCCAUCCCCAAUCAGACCUUCCUCUCCUGCAGGCCCUGCUACUAGGACUGGUGUACGGAGAGCUCUGCAGACAGAGGACGAGCCAGAGAGGGUUAAUAGAGGAGGGACCAGUGUUGGAGAGGCUGAGAGGGCUGAUUCAGACAGGUGCUAGGAGUCUAGACCUGGGUGUGUCCCACGCCUUUAGCCAAUGGCAGCGCUGCAUGAGGGAUGGCCUUGACCUGAACCAACUGCUGUGCUUCCCUCUACCUGAGCCCCAGUGUGCCUGGCUGUACAAGGGAACUCUGGUGCACCAGCUUGUGGGCCAACUGAGAGGGGGGGUGACCCCGGAUUCUCUCCUGAUGGAAGACCCUUCCUCUGGGCAGCUGUACAGAGCCAUGCUGGAAGCCAUACUCAACUCCCAGGAAACUGAGACCACUGGACAACCUGACGGCCCCUCUGCAGAUUCUGGUGCUGGACGAUGAAGAUUUUGAUGAUGAUGAUGAUGAUGAUGGAGUAGGCUGUACUGAAGUCCCAAUGUCCCGUCACAAGAGGAAGGAAAGAUUCAACAAAGCUCUAUUGAGUUAUAGAUAUAGGGACCACUAAACACCUGUUGAGUUAUAGAUAUAGGGACCACUAU